AUGUUCAAGAAUCUUAUUAAUGACAAGUAAAAUUGUCUGCCAUUAUAAAAUACAGAUGAAGCUAGCAAGACUAAUAUGUGGUUUAAUAUUGAUUUAGGGGAACAUCAUCAAGCUCUAAAUAUGCAGCAUUCUGUGAAGCAUAUGGUCGCCUGCAUGAGCUUCGAGCCCUAUUGUCACCAGAUGUAAGCUUCAUUGCACUUACAGCAACUGCUACUCUUGAUACUAAGAAAUUUAUCUUGGAUACUUUGUGUAUGAAUAAUCCAGUAGAGGUACAAGAAAGUCCCAACAAGAAAAAUGUCAUGUAUUCUGUUACCUACAUCCAACAAUCGCAUAGAAUUGAUGAUACUUUUCAAUGGAUUGUUGAUGAAAUCAUUAACAUGGGAAGUUCCGCAGAAUGA